GUUGCAUGCUGGGUAGUGUAGUUCCUAUAUUGCUAGCUCAUAACUUCACAAUGGCGUUCGACGGAGAAGACGUUGUUUUGGUUAUUAUGGUUUAUAGAUCUUAAUCACAACGUACACGCACACACAUAUAUGUCUUUUAAUAGAGUAAACAUCGUUAAUACUUGUUCGUAUCCGGACACAUUAGUCUGAGUGCACUUUGACGUGCUAGCCUAGCCUAGCCUGCUGGUUAGCUUAGCUUGUUAGCUAAGAAAGAAGUGAUGGACGCAGCCAAGCAGAGAUGCAAAACGUCUGUGAGGAACAUCCCUAACCCUAAGCAGCAGGAGUGGAGCUUCAGGAUGGAGGAGGAGGAGGAGCCACAGCCCUCCCACUUCAAAGAGGAAGAUGAGGCGCCACAGACCCUGUCCAUUAAAAAGGAAGAAGAGAGCCCACUGACCCCCCACUUCAAAGAAGAAGAGGAGGCCCCACAGCCCCCUCACAUUAAAGAGGAAGAGGAGGAACACAGCAUCAGUCAGGAGUUCCCAGUGAGAGUUGUCAUUGUAAAGAGUGAAGAUGAGGAGGUCAAAGGUGAGAGAGACCACUGUGGAGCAGACAAGAUGUUUGCUCCACUAUCAGAUGGUGACGAGGCGACGUCUCACUCUGCUGACACUGAUGAUGAUGAUGCAACAUGUCACACUGACAACACACACUUGACAUGUUCUCACUGUGACAAAACCUUCAAAUACCCCAGUCAUCUGAAAGCACACCUGAGAACGCACACCGGAGAGAAACCCUUUUCCUGCUCAGAGUGCGGUAAAAGCUUCCCACAAUGUAACAGUUUGAAGGAGCACAUGCGAAUACACACCGGAGAGAAACCUUUUCCCUGCGCGGAAUGUGGCAGAGAUUUUAGACUAAAACACAUGCUGAAACAACACAUGCAAAUACACACCGGAGAAAAACCCUUUACCUGUUCAAUAUGCGGUAAAGGCUUCGUGCGAAGUCUGCAUUUAAAAAGACACGCCAGAACACACACUGGUGAAAAAACGUUUGCAUGUCCAAACUGCGACAAAAGCUUUUAUGACCGAUCCAACCUCGUAACACACAAGAGAACACACACCGGAGAGAAACCUUUUUCCUGCUCGGAAUGUGGUAAAGGUUUCGCACAGAGUAAUAGCUUGAAAGAGCACAUGAGAAUACACACCGGAGAGAGACCUUUUUCCUGCUUAGCAUGUGGCAAAGGUUUUACUCAAAGUAAUAGAUUGAAAGAGCACAUGAGAACACACACUGGAGAAAAACCUUUUUCCUGCCCUGAAUGUGGUAAAGGGUUUUCCCGAAAUAGUGCCAUCAAAGACCACAUGAGUACGCACAAUGCAGAGAAACCUUUUUCCUGCUCUGAAUGUGGUCGAGAUUUUAGACUCAAAAAAGUGCUGAAGCAACACAUCAGAAUACACACUUGAGAGAAACCUUUUCCUUGUUCACUUUGUUGCAAAGGUUUUACACAAACGUAACGCUUUGAACGUUCACAUGAGGAUACACACGAGAUAAAACCCUUUACCUGUUCAAUCUGUUGCAUGAAGUCAAUAUUUGAAAAAACUGUCUAAACUUGACUAUUGACUUUCUAACAUCGGCACAUACAACAUUGUUGUUCUUAUUAUACUUCUAACAUGUAUAGAUGAUAUACUUUACAUUUAUGUAAUAUUGUGUACUUUGAUUUAAAAAUGAAGAGAACAGUUUGACUGAAAAGGUGAGAGUAAAAAGUACAAAACAGGUUCUUCUGGAAGCAUAUUAUUAUUUACUUUAUACAUCAUUUGAGUGUUUUAUACAAGAUCAUUUACUUUUAAAAUGUGUGACUUUAUCAAUCAUUUGUUGGCUCCCAAUAAUCCAUUCUAUUAAUGAUCUUUAUUACUCUCUUUUGUAAUAUGAAU